UAGAACGGGAAAAUUGGUUUCCCUGCUGGAUGCGUUUUGCUUUCCGAAGCCAUUUUGGACUCAGUUCAGUUCCGUGCAUGUCAGAAUCGAACCCUGUCCUGCCAUUCUCGCUCUUGCACGGGAAAAGCUUCACACACGAACGGGAUUUGGAUGGAAAUCGCCGGUUCUUUCACACCGGAAGGCUCUUUUCUUGGAAUAGCCGCUUUUCCUGAUGGAUUUGUGCAUGUGUUAAAGUUUGAUUAAAGCCCGAUCGGUGGGUGGACAUCAGGCCGACGGUCACUCGGGCUCUUGUGUGAGUUUGUGUGUGUGUGUGUGUGUGUGUGUGUGCAUAUGUGUGUAUAUGUGUGUGUGUGUUUCCCCGAUCGUUUUAAAUGUGUGCAAAGGAGAAAACCCUGAAAAGGAGAACACCCGGGGUGUUUUUGUGUCACUAGAGGAAUAUGUUCGCUUCCUGGCUGACUUUUGCACUUCUUCUGGGAACUUUCAGUGCAGGCCCCAGUCAUGCCGAGGUGGAGACGCACGAGUGUUUGUACUUCAACAUUAACUGGGAGGUGGAGAAGACGAACCGCAGCGGUGUGGAGCGCUGUGAGGGAGAGAAGGGCAAGCGCUCGCACUGCUACGCCUCGUGGAGGAACAGCUCGGGCAGCAUCCAGCUCGUCAAGAAGGGCUGCUGGCUAGACGACUUCAACUGCUACGACAGACAGGAGUGUGUGGCCACCGAGGAGAAUCCUCAGGUGUUCUUCUGCUGCUGUGAAGGUGACUUCUGUAACGAGAGGUUCACACACCUGCCUGACAUCACUGGACCAGUGAUGGAGUCUCCUCCGUCUGCGCCGCUGCUGCUGAUCGUGUUGGUUUACUCUCUGCUGCCCGUCACGAUGCUCUCGAUGCUGCUGCUGCUGGGCUUCUGGAUGUACCGGCACCGCAAGCCUCCGUACGGACACGUGGACCUCAGCGAGGAUCCGAGUCCGUCUCCUCCGUCUCCUCUGCUGGGUCUGAAGCCUCUUCAGCUGCUGGAGGUUAAAGCUCGAGGACGCUUCGGCUGCGUCUGGAAAGCUGAGAUGAUCAAUGAAUACGUAGCUGUGAAGAUCUUCCCCAUUCAGGACAAGCAGUCGUGGCAGAACGAGCGGGACAUGUUCUCCACGCAGGGCAUGAAGCACGAGAACCUGCUGCACUACAUCGGAGCCGAGAAACACGGAAGCAACCUGGAGACAGAGUUCUGGCUCAUCACCGAGUUUCAUGAGCGGGGCUCUCUGACGGAUCAUCUGAAGGGGAACGUGCUGAGCUGGACGGAUCUGUGUCACAUCGCCGAGACCAUGGCCUGCGGUCUGGCGUAUCUUCACGAAGACGUGCCUCGCUCCAAACCAGCCAUCGCUCACAGAGACUUCAAGAGCAGGAACGUGCUGCUGAAGAGCGACCUGAGCGCGGUGCUCGGGGACCUGGGGCUGGCGGUGCGCUUCGAGCCGGGGACGCCGCCGGGGGACACACACGGUCAGGUCGGGACGCACAGAUACAUGGCUCCGGAGGUGCUGGAGGGGGCCAUUAACUUCCAGAGGGACUCCUUCCUUAGGAUAGACAUGUACGCCAUGGGCCUGGUGCUGUGGGAGCUGGUGUCUCGCUGCAGAGCUGCUGACGGUCCUGUAGACGAGUACAUGCUGCCGUUUGAGGAGGAGAUCGGCCAGCAUCCGUCUCUGGAGGAUCUUCAGGAUGCAGUGGUUCAUAAGAAGAUGCGGCCAGCGUUUAAGGACUGCUGGCUCAAACAUUCAGGUCUGGCGCAGAUGUGCGAGACGAUCGAGGAGUGCUGGGAUCACGACGCCGAGGCGCGGUUAUCAGCCGGCUGCGUGGAGGAGCGAAUCUCUCAGAUCCGCCGGCUGAUGAGCAUCACUACCUCAGACCUGCUUUCUACAGUCACCUCGCUCACAAACGUGGACCUGCCGCCUAAAGAGUCCAGCAUCUGACCCUCACAGAACCUCCAACCACAUUACAGCCGCUGCUAUUCUAUCCCAACAUGUUUAACUUCAUUAUUAUUAUUGU